AUGAGCGGUCCCUGCCAGUACGAUAUGCCUGAUGUGUACGUUGACUUCAUCCAAGGUGGCAACAACCUCGAAGGUCUGUAUAUUGCUUCGGCCAAUGAUUCAAAAGCAAGCUGGAACGUACUUUUUAGUAUUGUGUAUUCAAUUGUGACGCCAGCUGUUAGUGGUGCCGGAGACGAACAAAAUGUGGUUCGUAAUUUUAUGGUUUUACCGUAA